AUGGCUCAUGGCAUUUCUGAUCCAGAAAACAAGAAAGAACAUAUUGAUUCUACCAAUGUUUUGAAUGAUAAAUUGGAUCAAUUAGCACAAUGGAUUAAAGAGAGUCAACAUUUUAUUGUAUUUACUGGAGCUGGUAUAUCCACAGCCACUGGCAUUCCUGAUUUUCGGAGUGGAAUGGAUACUGUCUUAGAAACUGGACCAGGAGAAUGGGAACUGGAAGAUCAUAAAAAAAAACGAAAAAAAACAGCUAAUGUUAUUGAUGACAUGCAAAAAGCCAUCCCAUCGCUUGCUCAUAUGGCACUUGUCGCUUUACAACGGCAAGGCAGACUGAAAUGUGUCAUCUCACAAAAUUGUGAUGGUCUUCAUUUGCGAAGUGGUUUAAAUCCGACGAAUCUUGCUGAAUUACAUGGUAAUAUGAAUUUAGAACUGUGCUCUAAAUGUGGAACGAAAUAUUUACGUGAUUUUGAUACAGUUGGUAUUCAAAGUCAUUAUACAGGACGUCAAUGUGAUAAACGAAAUUGUCGUGGUCGAUUAAAAGACUCAAUUAUUGAUUUCGGCGAAGAUUUACCACAAGACGCAUUGGACAAGGCUUUUGAUCAUGCAGAACAAGCCGAUCUAUGUCUUGUUCUAGGCAGUAGUUUGACUGUUACACCGGCCGCUGAUAUUCCAGAACGUGUAGUAGAACGCAAACAAAAAUUAGUGAUUGGCAAUUUACAACGAACACCUUUGCACAAAGUUGCUACACUUAAUAUUCAUGCAUUCAGUGAUGCUAUUAUGAAAGGUAUCAUGGAACGAUUGAAUAUUCCGAUUCCAACUUGGAUCGUUCGUCGACGAAUUCAUGUCACUAGGCAACCUUCUUCGAAUAAACAGAACCAAUAUCGAAUUCUAAUUGAAGGCCGUGAUCCAGAUAAUGUAGACAUUCCUUAUACAUUAUUCGAACGAAUUCAAGUAAUUGUUGAUCAGAAGAUUUGUGAAGAUUUUCAACCUACAGACUGGUUAGGUGCUAUUUUAGCUCCCACAAGUAGUUGCUCAGCUGAUUUUAAUGAAGUUAUGAAAUCCUUGAUUUCUAUGGGAAUUAAAACUAAUAAUCUUGUUCUUGAAAGAGAUGAAAAGAAUGAACCACAGCCAAUAGAAAAGCAUCUGUUUUAUGGCGGAACUAGAUCGGGAGACGUGACCGCUACUUAUCAUCAGUUUGGUCAACAGUGUCCAAUGGAAUUUGAGUUUUUUGGUUUGCAACAAGGCAAAGUAUUUGGUCAAGGAGAUGAUCAAGUUGGAGCUUUUACUCUUGCUGGUCAAUACAAGCUUAAAGAUGGCUAUGGUGAUAUCAAUAUGCAUAAGCAAUAUGUUGGAAAACAUUCUGUUAUAUAUCGAGGAGAGAUUUAUUUACAGGGAAUGAAAUGUUUGAUAGAAGGACACUGGGAAAUAAACAAUAUUUAUGAUAGAUUUAUUAUCCAUCUGACUCUUCCAGAGGUAUAUGCAGCAGAAAUGGAAAAGAUACCAUUACCAAAAGCUUCACGAAGACAAGGAAGUAAAGUUAUGAUUUCCUAUUGUCCAUGUCAAUAUGAUUUAGCUCAAAAGAUAGCUGAAGGAUUGGUUGCUAAAGGUAUUUCAGCUGUUUGCCCGCCAUUACGAAUGCAUGAAAUGAUAAAAAUAGCAACUGAAGAAGCAAGAGUUGUUAUACCAUUAAUGAGUGAAGCAUAUGAAGCAUCGAAUACUUCGAAAUAUGUUCUUUCUUAUGUGGAUGAAGCUGGUAUUCCUAUAGUUCCCAUAAAAGCGCAAGAUCAUUAUUCUCAAAGUAGUUGGCUUGGCGUUAUUUGUGCUGGUGCAUUAUGGACGAAGAUAACGGAUGCAAAUGACAUUGAGAAAAAUCUGGAUAAUCUUAUAGGACAAUUACAUCCAUAUAUCAGCGAUUCUUUAGAUGAAGAGCAACAUCUUGGUGCUCUCGUUGAUGGAACUCUUGUUCAAGGUUAUUAUAUUCAAUGGGGAAAGAAGUUUGAUAUGAAGUUUGAUAUGUUUGCUAUGAUAGAUGGUUAUAUUGCUGGUCAAGGAGAUGAUGAAGUCGGUGGCUUUGUAAUCAAUGGGAAAUACAUCUGUUUAUCAGAUAAAGAAGACUUUGAAUUCCAGUUUAAAAAGCAUUAUAUCGGACAACACGAUGUUCAAUACUCUGGAACUAUAACGCAUCAUGAAUCUCAAUUCUUCUUUGAUGGAAAAUGGUUUCUAGAUGACUUAUCUGAUAGCUUCCAUCUAGAAGUUUCUCGCAAUCAAUCAUCAGGACCUAAAGGUUUGCAUAUCAUGUUAAGUUAUCAAUGGAAUAGUCAAGAGCUUGUUAAACGAGUAGCAGAUAUACUCAAACAAAGGAAUAUUCCUAUUUGGUUUGAUAUUGCUGGAGAUAUGAAAGGGAAUAUCAAUGCUGCUAUGGCUUAUGGUGUUGAAGGUGCUGCGAUGGUUAUUAGUUUUGAUACUGUUGCUUAUAGCAAAAGCAUUAAUUGUCAAAAAGAACUUACAUAUGCUUCUCAAUUAAAGAAGAAUAUUGCUCCUGUUCUUCUUGAGAAUGAUAAGGGAUUCCAAAACACAUGGUUAGGCACGAUAAUAGCUUCCUUAAACGCAAUCAAUAUGCAAGAUGAUAAUCAAUUCAACUCCAGUAUCGAUAUUCUUGUACAACGAAUUAAUAGAGCUCUUGAAGAGAAAAAAGAUGAAGAUUCUCAUCGGUCUCAAGUCAUUACAAGCUUAAGAGAAGGAAGAGUGUUAGGUCAAGGAAAUGAUGAAAUUGGACCUUUCACAAUGGCUGGAAAUUAUGAUAACGAAGGAAAGAGCGGUCAACACUACUUUGUGCGAAAAGUGACAGUAUCAAGACAUGAAUGA